AUGUCGGAAGUCGUUCGAAGGCGACAUCGAGGGAAGACCCCUGACCCCAACCUGAAGUCACCACCACCAGCAAAGGCCUUGACCAAAGCUGAGGGUGUUCUGAAAAAGAAUAAGAAGAACAAAGGGGUUACCGUCAAGAACUGUGCCAAGCCUUUGAAAAGGUCCCUGAGCUUUGAUGAGACCGUGAAGGUCCAUCCGAUCGAAGCUGAGAACCCCGCACCACCGAAGACCAAGAGGUCUUCGAAGGCUUCACCUGCCAGCAUGUCGGUCGAGGAUGCUGAUGAGAUCUUGCGUAGCAUUCCUGACUCUGCAAGCUCGGAUGAGGAGGAGUCUGCUCAGGUGCACCGAUGGACUACCCCAAACCUGGCAUACCCAAUCUCAGAUCUUCGAAGAUGGCUAGUACCUGGUUCCAUUUGGGAGUUUCGUGCAAAGGCAGAAGUGAAGAAAAAGAAGAGUAAGACAAAGAAGGCAGACAAGAAAAGAAAGGAUGAAGACGCAGCAGACAAGAAGACCAAGAAAGAGGAAGCCAAGAAGGAGGAUGAAAAGAAGAAGGAGGAAACAAAGAAGAGUAAGAGCAAGAAGGAGGAGAAGGAGGAUAGUGAGAGUGAGGACAUCACCGAGACUGAGAGUGAGAGCACAGAGGAGGAAGGAGCAGAGGGUGAUAGCAGUGAUUGCGAUGAAGAUGAGAAGGAGGCUGUGCAGAAGAAGGAUGAAAAGAAGGCUAAGGGAAAGAAGGCCGAAGACACAAAAAAGAAGGAGGCAGAAGAGAAAAGGAAGAAGGAGGCAGAAGAGAAGAAGAAGAAGGAUUCAGAAGAGAAAAGGAAGAAGGAGGCAGAGGAGAAAAAGAAGAAGGAGGCUGAAGAGAAAAAGAAGAAGGAGGCAGAAGAGAAAAAGAAGAAGGAGGCAGAAGAGCAAAAGAAGAAGGAGGCAGAAGAUAAGGCCGAGGCUGAGCGUAAGAAGACAAAGAAGGAUGAUAAGAAGAAGAAGAAUGACAAGGAGUCCGAUGAGAAGGAUGGCAAGAAGAAGAAGAAGCAGGAUGAGAAGAGUGGAGAGAAGAAGGAGAAGGAGGAUGCAUGUAAGAAGAGAAAGAAGGAUGCAAAAGAUAGUGACGCGAAGAAGGAGAACAAGAAGAAGAAGGAAGAGUCUGAGACCGAGGUUGAGGAAACGGAGGAGGAUGAAAGCAGUGAGAAGGAGGAAGAUGAGAGCUCAGAGGAUAGCAGCGAGAGCCAAGACGCUGCAGAGACAAGUGAAGAAGGUGAGGUUGAAGAAGAAGACGAUGAUGAGGAAGCUGAGAGUGAAGAUGAGAGCGAUGCUGAGGAUGAGAAAAGCGGGAGCGAUGCUGACAAAAAACGCAGCAAGAAGGAGGAAGCUGGAGAUGAGAAGGAAAGCAGCAAGAAGGGCAAGAAGAGAAAGGCAAGGGAGCCUUCACCGGCAAGCGAAAAGAAGUUGGCAGAGGCUGAGAAGAGUGUGGUCAAAGAGAACAAGGAGGAGUCAAGAGACAAAUUGUUCCAGGACUUCGUGGAACUGAAAGGUGAUGCUGCGGAGAUUGUUCUCCGACAUGAGGCCCGUUUGGAAGAGACCCAGAAAACGGAAAUCAAAUGGGGGUUCCGCCCAUUGAAGUGGAUGCAAGACCGACAUGGGGAAUCCAAAGCGGCCAAGUUGGUGAAGCGGAAACAGGAGCUGGGUCUGUUCAUUCAAGACCCGGAGCUUCCGGACGAUUCCGAUGAGAGACUUUGGUUUACAAUAGUGAAUCUAGACCUGUCCAACAUCAGCGAGUUGCGCCGGAUUACAAAGCUAGAGAUGGAGGGGACCAUCGACAAAGCUGGCCUUGAAGAGUUCACCAAAGUGGUUCCGGAAACCGCUCUGGGACACGCUGGCAACCUAUUGACCAAAGUCCUGAAGGAUGUGAAUGAGUGCAGGACCCAGGCAUUUCGACUCCAACCGCUACAAAUGUCUGGGGAUCUGAUCAAACAGUUGAAUGCAGUUGCAGUGAAGUUGGAGUCUUGCGCGAACAGCCUGCAAGAGCUCAUUAACCAGAAGAAGAACAAACACAAAUACUAUAAGGAUGUCAUCGAGGAGGUCAAUCGCCUGACUGAGAUGGGGAAAGAACGGCUCGAAUUGGCUCGGGCAUUAGUGCGGGCGUCCGACAAGUCGGCAAACCCAAAGGCCAAAGCUAAGGCAAAAGCCCAGGCUGGCAAAGACAAGGAAGCUCCUGCCACUGAGGCCUAG